AUGGGCCAGAGCCAGUCUUCCGCCGCUGGAGGUAACAAUAGAACCCCUGCUGCCGACAAUGAUCAGACUAAAUCUGACUACUAUGAGCUGCUUGGGUUGGACAGAACAGCUACAGAAGAAGAGAUCAAGAAAGCCUACAAGAAAAAGGCUCUCGAAUACCACCCGGACAGGAACUAUGGCAAUGUCGAGGCUUCCACUGCCAUCUUUGCGAAGAUCCAGGCCGCCUACGAGGUCCUCUCAGACCCCCAGGAGCGUGCUUGGUACGAUUCCCAUCGAGAAGCGAUCCUAUCCGGCCACGAUACCCGGGGCGAUGCGCAAUAUUCCCACAAUACCAAGAUGACCACCGCUGACGAUAUCACGCAUCUCAUCAUGAAAUUCAACCCCCGUAUGGAGUUUUCAGAUGCUCCAUCUGGGUUUUUUGGUGGGCUGCGGGAAACUUUUGAACAGUUAGCCCGAGAGGAAGAACUAACAUGUCAAUGGGACGGUUUGGACCCUGUUUAUUACCCCUCAUUUGGCCACAAAGAUGACGACUACGACAGCAUUCGUCUGUUUUAUUUGAUAUGGAGUGGAUUCGCGACAAAAAAGUCUUUCUCCUGGAAAGAUGUCUAUCGCUACUCCGAAGCGCCGGAUAGAAGGAUCCGCAGACUGAUGGAGAAGGAAAAUAAACGAUUGAGAGACGAGGCGAUUCGAGAAUUCAACGACGCUGUCAGGUCUCUUGUUGCAUUCGUCAAAAAACGCGACCCGCGUUUCAAAGCCACCGUGCAAAACGAAGCUGAGCGGCAAAAAUCUCUCAGGGAUGCUGCAGCGGCCCAGGCAGCGCGCUCUCGUGCGGCAAAUGAAGCCAAGCUACAAACCCACCAGGUGCCAGAAUGGGCACAGAGCGAAGGGCUGGACGAAGAAAUUUUCAGCAGUAGUGAAUCCGAAAUUGAAGAGGAAUUUUUCGAGUGUGUCGUCUGUCGCAAGAUUUUUAAGAGCGAGAAACAAUUUGAUGCGCAUGAACGGAGUAAAAAGCACAUCAAGGCCGUUAAGCAGCUUAAGAGGGAGAUGAGGACGGAGGACAAACAUAUUCAGCAGUUGGGCAUCAACCAGGGAACCAGCACCACCACUUCAAUGGGGGAUAAUAGCACCCCCACCAAGGCCCCUCAAGAAAACUACGAAUCACCUUUCGAUGAGCCAGAAAUUAUGGAUAAGUUAUCAUCUCAAGAUUUAGACGAACGGACAGACCGUCGCAGUAUCUCCAACUCAGAGAUAAAUGAAGCUAAGACCGAAAUCCAAACGCAGGAAGCAGACGAAGCAGGGGACGCCACGAGCAAUACAGACGAAGACUACGCACCGCGGGAGGUUCUUGAAAAACGCAUCACCACGGACAUGACGAUGGUGACAACGUCUAGUGUCGUGGAUGACUUGAACGAAAACAUGUCCAAGGCCUCCACUUUAGCAGAGACCAGCGAUGAUAAAAAUGGCAAUUCAACAGCGCCAAAAUUAGGGAAAGCGAAACAAAAACGCGCAAAACGGGCUGCGCAGGCCGCAACAGAAGAACAGAAGGACGGUAAUGGCAAAACAUUUACGUGUGCGACAUGUCAGAGCUCCUUUCCUUCCAACUCCAAAUUAUUUAGUCAUAUAAAAGCGUUGAAUCAUGCACAGCCUGUUCCAAGAUCUACUAAACAGUUCGCUCCCAAGGUUGCAAAGAAGGGAACCAAGCGUUGA